AUGAAACCUAUUCCUUAUGAUAAAAAGAUGGAUAUUUUAGAAAAACUGAAUACCAAGGAGUCUUAUAGAGAUGUUUCAAAGACAAUCGACAGGUCAACUAGGACAAAUGGUAGAACUUCCAAAGAAAAUCAAACUGAAAUGAACGUAAAAGAAGGGAAGAAGCAGUCAGAAGGUUCAAAUAAUAAUAAUAACGGAGCCCAUAAACAACAAAACCGUAAUGUUAACAAUAAUAAUUCAAACAAUAGAAAAUGGGCCAAUGCAGCAGCCGGUCGUAAUCACGCGCCUGCAGUUCAAAAUGAACCUACUAUGCACGAUUCUUCCUCAAACAAUUUAAUGCAUGACAGAAUGCUUUUUUUACUUGGCAACUUGACUGGUACAGUUGUCGAAGUAACAGUCAAGGAUGGUUCUAAAUUCAGAGGCAUUUUUCAUGGUGCUUCUACAGAAGGUGAAUUGGGUAUUGCUCUCAAGCUUGCACAAAAAAUUUUUGAUCCCUCUGCUCCCAUUGACAAAGAUAAAACGAAUCCUAAUCCUGUUAAAAACACUUUAUUAAUUUUCUCCAAGGAUUUGGUUGAAAUUAAUGUUGAACAACUUGAUUUGACUACAUCUGAAACACCUGAUCGCAACACUUUUAAGACAGACUCAGAUAUCAGUGGGAAAUUGGACAUUAAAGAACGUGAGUUGCAUAAAUGGACACCUGAUGAUGCAUUAGAACUUUUGGAAGAUGAUUUGGAAUCGUCAAAGGAUACAGGGGCUUGGGAUCAAUUUGCUGCCAAUGAGAAAUUGUUUGGUUUGAAAACUGAUUUCGAUGAGGAAAUAUAUACAACACCUUUGAACAGGUUAGCGCCUGGCUUUAAAGAUCGUGAAAAGCGAGCAAUUCAAGUAGCUAAUGAAAUUCAAAGGAGUACUACAACAAAUAUUCAUGUUUUAGAAGAACGUGGUGUAUCAAUUGACGGUAUGGACGAGGAAGAUCUUUAUGGUGCAGUUGUACGUGACUCAAAUCCAAAUAAAUAUCUUCCUCCUGCACUUCGAAAGCAAAACCAAGAUCACAAUAAAAAAGAAUCAGUAAAAAUAGCUUCCUUAAACAAAUUGAUAACCUCUGACCUUCCAAAAUCAACUGGAUCUACUUUAUCACCUAUUGCUAAUCUACCUCGACGUGGUGAAACUACCGAAAAGACUAAUGAACCACCCAAACGAAUUGAAGCUGAAGUAGCUACUACAUUUAAACAAUUUGCCAUGAUGGAAAAAGAUAAAUUACAUGCAAAGAAACAAGCUUUACAGAAGAGAGAAAAGGAUGGUCGAUUAGCUGAAUUGAAGGCCUUCCAUCAGUCUUUUAAAUUAAAUGUACCUAUUCCCCCUGAUUUGGUACCAUUAUUAUCAAAGGGUAAGAAAAAUAAUAAUACUAUCGUUUCACCCUCACCUACAGCCAUAAAGAAAGAUUCAACUUCUCAUGAUAAAAAAACUCCAAAUGAGACGACAUCCCCGACUCCAAGCAAAAUUCUACCUGUUCAAGAUAAUAAGCCAACAACAACAACAACAGCAGCAACAACAACAACAACAACAACACCACCACCACCACCAACAGCAACUACUACUGCUACUACGACAGCGAAAACGACAACGACAACGACUAAUACUACUGCUGCCUCUGCAUCACCCUCAAGUAAAAAUACAACUACCUCACCCAAGAGUACAUUUAAGUUUAACGUAAAAGCAUCUGCUUUUAAACCUAAUCCUUCAGCAGCCGUCUUUGUUCCUAGUCACGCACAUAACACAGACACAGCUGAUACACAUCCUUCUAAUCGAUCCAUUAAACGUGGACAGAAAGAACAUAUUACGAUGUCCGUCGCAUUUAAGCCACCUCCCUUCAACAAACAAUCCGCUCAACAGGUUGGCCCCACCUGGCCAUUUGGAAACAAAUCAUAUCGAGUUCAAUUUAGUUCAUUUGCCUAUGAAGAAGACAUGUAUAUUGCCUAUCCUUAUGGAUAUCCAGCAUAUCGUUACCCUCCUUAUGUACCCUCACCACAAGCUCCCUAUAUAAGUCCUCCUCCACCUUUUGUGAUGCCCUCACCCCCAUUUCCACAAGGUUUUCCAUCACCACAACGAUCACCUAUGAUUCCACCUUAUCAAUACCAAGGUGUGAUGGUGCGUUAUCCUGAGCCACCUGUCAUGAUACAACAACGACCUGUCAUGAUGGAGAUGCAAUAUAAUAAUAAUAACCAAGAAACUGAGCCAAAUGAGUCUACAUCUUCUCCUCAUAAUUAA